ACAUUUCCCAGCCAUAGGCUUUUGCUCCGACUCGGCUGAUGGUCACCCAUUAAGCUCUCACCUGUGCCCCCCACCAUGGAAGAAAUGAGGGACACUGCCCUCCAGACGCAGAAGCCCAUAAAGACUGAGUGGAAUUCCCGGUGCGUCAUUUUCACCUAUUUCCAAGGGGACAUCAGCAGCGUAGUGGAUGAACACUUCUCCCGGGCGCUGGGCAAUGUCAAGAGCCCCCAGGGAGCGAGCCCCUUGAGUCCGACUGAAGAUGUGAUCCUGAGGAAUGAUAGUGACAUGCCUCCAAAUCAGUGGCGUUUCUCUUCUCAGUGGACAAAGCCGCAGCAAGAAGUAUCUUUUGAAAGUGGUGGCGCCAACUGCAGCCUGGAAGCCUAUGGUGCCGCGGCCACCGAGCCGUUCCCGAUGCCCCUGACGGAGAUCUCUUCCACCCAGCAUGGGGAGCUGUGGCCAUUCUCCUCAGCCAGCCCCAGCACCCCAGAGCCUGGCUACCCUCCUGCCUUUACUGAGGGGCACCUGCUCCCAGAGCCUCAGCAGGAUGAGAACUAUGAGCCCCUCCUAAGUCUCCUGCAGCAAGACAGGUGCCUCGGGCUUCCUCAGCAGUCCACCUCCUGGGAAGAUUACCACGCGGCCCCGAUUGCCGGAAGCACGGGAUUGCUCUUCAACCUGCCGCCCAGCUCAUCUCACUAUAAGAAAGUAUAUUUCUCCCCAGAUCGUGGACCUGCCACCACCAGCCUUGCAAGUGAAAAAACCCAGUGCCCAGGGUCAAGUAAAGAUAUGUUCUUUUAUUGAACUUCGGUUUGAAGAGGAGAAUUCCUUCCCAAAGGAAUGAUUUUCUACUGUGAGUCCAGAGAGUCGAAAGAUGUCACCAUCCUUUUCUGUUUCUGCCACUAAAAAGCAUUGAGCCAGGAGCUACUUUCUGUUUUCCAAAAAAAUGUCUGUGUCUCUUUCCUGUCACCUAAGUCCCAUGACAAGUUUUUGAAUGUGUUAAGUGUGUCCCCAGCCUAUAACAUGAUGAAUUGUUCAGGGACCAGGGCCACCAAGGCCCACCGCCUUGCACAUCACAUUCCCUUUGCCCUCUUAGAAAUCACAGUCCCUCACCCUCCACUGGCAGGUGUUUCAUGCCAAGGCCAACCAUGUGGUCUCCUAUGGGAUUGUUCCAUUUUCCUAAUGAAUAGAGAUACCAAGGAUAGCCUGAUGUUUUCUAACCUUACCUAGACUGUGGGGAACUUCAUUCCUGCCUCUACCAAAAGCAAAAUGAAAAUAUGCAGGCAAGACCCAUUGAGAAGGAGUUGAGACUGGGUGUUGUGCACCCUUCAAGUAUUGAAGGAAUUUAAGGUUGACCCUGAUGAAUGAAUGAAAUUUCACUUGGAAAAUUUGACCAUUCAAUACUAAAAAGGUGAUUCCAAGUGGCAUUGCUGAGAAAUCUAGGAACUAACAUGGGAAGUCAGUUUUGCUAGUUCUCUUAGCCAAGCCAAGAUAGCAGGCUGGACCCAGAGACAGUUCUGUAGCCAGAAUGUCUUAGGUGCAAUUCUGUGGGUUCCUGUCUGUCCUCACUCUGGAUGAAGACUGGCAUCGGUCACCCCACAGCUUCAUCUGGACUUUGGGAGCAUCUUAAGUUCUCCUUUACUUUUGCAUUGCUUGUGACAUCUGGGAAAUACUAUUUUCGGCACAGAACUACGGGGGUCACCCCAUGGAUACCACUGCGUCUCAGCUGAGUUAGGUGUGAAAAGCAAGGCUUUGUCUAAGACAUGGUGGCUGGACUCCCUGCAGGUGUUCUAGAUUCAGUCACAAAUUGCUCAACCCUUAUUUCUCUCCAGUCUGGUAGACAACCCUGCACUCAGUGUGAGCUUAGUACUUGCCCAUGGUGAGCCCAGAAUCCCUGCUGAAUGCACCCCAUCCUUACCCUGUUUGCUUCUGUGGAACAGCUCAGAGGGUGAA